UCCUCUUCUUUAAUGGCGGAUGACUCACAAUCCUUAAUCUUCCAAACAAACAUUAUAAAUUAACCCAUUCUCCCUCUCCACAUUCAUUCAUUCAUCUUCUUCUUCUUCCUCUCAUCUCCUCCGCUUUUAAUGGAUCCCUUUUCGCCCUUUCCUGCAAAUUUUGUCCCCCUGUCGCCGCUCACCUUUUUCAACAAAUCCGCCGCCGUCUACGGCGCCCGCCCCUCGCUCAUUUACGGCGCUCGAGUGUUCACUUGGUCGGAGACUUAUGGCCGCUGUCUCCACCUUGCUUCCGCUUUGGUUCAUCACUUCCACAUCUCUCCCGGUGACGUGGUUGCAGCAAUGGCGCCCAAUGUCCCAGAGCUCUACGAGCUUCACUUCGCCGUUCCAAUGGCUGGAGCCAUUAUUUCUCCACUCAACACGAAACUAGACGCACCCACAUUGUCCUUGCUCCUCCAACAACUUGACCCAAAGCUUAUCUUUUUAGACUCUGACUUUCUUCCCACCGUCCUCAAAUCUCUCUCCCAAACUUAUGGAAACUCUGUCCAAUUCCCCGCUCUCGUCCUCAUCCCCGCCCAUCCCGACACCCCGCUGUCGGAAUUCCUCGACUACAACAGAGUUCUCGGGAUGAGAUUCGACGAUUUCACGCCGAGGACGAAUGCUGAACUAGACGCUAUUUCCAUCAAUUGCACCUCUGGCUCGACUGGGCUCCAUAAGGGCGUUGUUUAUAGCCAUAGAGCCGCGUAUCUCAACUCCCUAGCAACCAUUUUUCGUAGCGGAAUUUGCAAGAACACUUCCUCACCGGUGUUUCUAUGGACGGUGGAUAUGUUUCGGUGCAACGGUUGGUGUUUCAUUUGGGCCAUGGCAGCUCUAGGAGGCUGCAAUAUUUGUCUUAGGAAUGUUACAACUAAUGUCAUAUUCACUAAUAUCGAACUUCAUAAAGUCACUCUUUUGUGUGGACCAUCCACCCUUUUGAAAAUGAUCUAUGAAUCAUCGUCGUUCAAUAAUUUUAAGCCAUGGCUUUCGCGACGUGUCGAUCUCAUAGUGGCUGGUGCGUUACCAAUCAAUGAAAUCCUGACCAAAGUUACUGAAUUGGGUUUUAAUAUAAGCUAUGGUUAUGGCAUGACUGAAGCUAUGGGGCCGGCUAUGAUCAGGCCAUGGAAGCCAAAUUUUGGUGAAGAGACCGUCCAAUUUGAGGAUUUGAUCACAUCAUUGGAGAUUGACGUGAAAGAUCCAUUGUCAAUGGAGAGUGUUUUGGGAGACGGUGAAACCUUGGGAGAGGUAAUGUUGAGAGGCAACACGUUGAUGUCGGGUUAUUAUAAGAAUUUGAAAGCAACUCGUGAGGCUUUUAGUGGGGACUGGUAUAGGACUGGCGAUGUCGGGGUUAGACACAAGAGUGGUAGGAUUGAGAUGAAGGAUAGAGCCAAGGAUAUUGUAGUGAGGGCAAAUGGGGAGGCAGCGGUGAGCACAGUGGAGGUCGAGGCCGUGUUGAUGAGCCACCCGAGCGUUGUGGAGGCGGCAGUGAUCGGGGAGAGGUUGUGUGGGUUUGUCAAGUUGAAGAAUGGGAGUAGAGCGAGCGCUGAAGAGAUUGUCGAGUUUUGUAGAGCGCAUUUGCCCGAGUUUAUGAUACCCGAAAGAGUUGUAUUUGGUGAUUUGCCGAUGAAUUCAGUUGGGAAGGUGCAAAAGUUUAUUGUGAGGGAAAAGGCAAAGGCAUUGAACACCAACAAUACAAUAUAAAUGAACGGGUAGUGCAUACUUAGAAGUUCGUAGACCCAAAGGGCAUGACAAUUUAUGAUUACCGGAAUGUCGUUUUAAAUUUCUAAUCAAUUUAACUGAAGAACUCUCUUUUACACUUUUAAUAAAAUUUGCUAAUUUUAGUUUCAUA